GAUGUCAUCAAAAGUGGAGUGACAUGGGCCGGCCACCGCGACCGCGGGUCCCGGCACGUUGCGUCGCGUCGUUGACGACGUCGACGAAUUCAAGAAAUUGCAAGCGACGGUCGGUGUGAAUUCUCAGGACGACUUCGCUGCGUUGCGAUAAAAGAGACCAUGUCGGACGACCUGCCCUUCCGCGCCGAGUACUCGAAGUCGGGUCGGGCCGGCUGCAAAGGAUGCAAGGGAAACAUCGCCAAGGACACGCUGCGCAUGGCUGCAAUGGUGCAGUCGCCGUUUUUCGACGGCAAAAUGGCGAAAUGGUACCAUUUCUCAUGCUUCUUUGAGAAGCAAAAGCCGAAAGCUGUUGCCGAUAUCGGACAUUUCGAAUCACUGAGGUUCGAAGAUCAGGAGAAAAUCAGGGCGAAGAUUGGAGCGGGCGGAGCCACCGGCGAUGCAGGAGCCGGAACCAGCAAGGCAGCAAAAGCCAAGGCCACAAAACAGGCCCUGCAGGACUUCCUCGCCGAGUACGCCAAAUCCGGCGCCGCCAAGUGCAGAAAGUGCGAAGAGAAGAUAUUAAAGGGUGAGGUGCGACUCGGUAAGAAGGUGUACGAUUCUGAACGGGCCCGCGCCUACGGACCGUACAUGGGCUGGCAUCACGUGGACUGUUUCGUCAAAGAUCGCGAGACGCUCGAGUUCUUCGAGGAGGGGGCGAAGAUGCCGGGUCUGAAGACACUCUCCAAGGAAGACCAACAGAUGGUAAAGGCCAAGCUAAAGAAAAUCGAAGGAAAGAGGCCAGCCGAGGAUGCCGUGGACGGGCCCUCCAAGAAGCCGAAGAAGGAGGAGGCGGGCCCGGACCGCUCCAAGCUGAAGAAGCAGAGCCAGCUGGUGUUCGGUUUCCGGGAUCAGCUGAAGAAGCUGGGGAAGCGGGAGCUGCAGCUGCUGCUGGAGGAGAACGAUCAGGAGGUGCCCAGCGGCACGGAGCGGAUGCUGGACCGUCUCUCCGACGGGAUGGCCUUCGGUGCCCUUCUGCCGUGCCCCCUCUGUAAGAACGGACAGCUGGUGUUCAGGAGCGGCGUGGGGUACCAGUGCGUUGGCCAGCUCACCGAAUGGACAAAAUGCACCAACGUAGUCAAGGUGCCCAAGCGGCGACUCUUCAAAGUUCCAAAAGAGCUAGCCGAAGAGUAUCCAUUCCUCGCCAGCUACAAGUGCAAGCUGGGUGACCGUCUGAUGGAGGAUCUGGGGCAGACGUCAGCCACCAUGCAGCAGGAGAAGGUGAAGGCCCAGCUGAACGCCACGCCGCUCACCAAGCUGACGUUCGCGGUGGCCGGGGAUGUCGAUGAAGAGGUCGUGAAGCGGGUGCAGAGGAUGGGCGGCAAGCUGGCCAAGUCGGUGACGGCCCAGGUGGCAGCGGUCAUCUGCACGAAAGAGACGAUGGACGGGGGCCACAAGCUGCUGAAGGCGGCGCUGAAGCACUCGGUGCACGUCAUCCCGCCGGAGGCAGUGGAGAAGCUGAAGGCGGGCGCCGUGUUCAAGACCAUCGAGGAAACGAACAUGGCCGACUGGGGUGGAAAGGUUGAGGAGCGGCUGGGAGCAAAGGAGGAGACAUUCAACAAGUCAGGAGCGUCCAAGAGCAUGUUCGACAAGAAGUCGAUGACCAAGUCUCAGCGGGUGCGUCUGAAGGGCGGCGCCGCGGUGGAUCCCGACUCGGGGCUGGAGGACGAGGCGCACGUGUACCAGUCGGGUGGAGACUUCCUGAACGCAGUGCUCAGUCAGGUGGACGCCGGCUCCGGUCAGAACAGCUUCUACAAACUGCAGGUGCUGCAGGCCGACUACGGCGGCAGCAUGUGGGUGUUCCGCGCCUGGGGCCGUCUGGGUACCACUGUGGGCGGCAACAAACUGGAAGAGUUCGACUCCAUCCAUGAUGCCGUGCGUGAGUUCAAACGGCUCUACGAGGAGAAGACGGGAAACCGCUGGGAAGGCAGGAAGGACUUCCAGAAGGUGCCCGGUCGGUUCUACCCGAUGGACCUUGACUACGGCGAGCACGAGGAGGCUAUGAAGAAGCUGAGCGCCGAAGGCUCCAAGUCCAAGCUGGAUAAGGCCGUCCAGGAGCUCAUCUGCACCAUCUUUGACGUCAACACAAUGAAGCAGGCCAUGGUCGAGUUCGACAUCGACAUGGAAAAGAUGCCACUCGGCAAGAUCAGCAAGAAUCAGAUGAAGAAGGCGUUCGAGAUUCUGACAGAGGCGCAGGCGCUGGUGGAAAAGAAGGGCGACCCGGCGGCCAAAGCGCCCCUCCUGCUGGAUUGUUCUAAUAGAUUCUUCACUCUGAUCCCGCACGACUUUGGCAUGCAGAAGCCGCCACUCCUGGACAACCUGGAUAUCAUAAAGGAGAAGGUGGACAUGGUAUCCAGCCUGAUGGACAUCGAGCUGGCCUACAGCCUGAUGAAGGCGGCCGACAAGGUCCAGUCGGCUGAGCACGAGGACCCCGUGGACACCCACUACAAGAAGCUGAACGCCGACAUCACGGUGCUGGAGCGGGACUCGGAGAAGUUCCGACUGCUGGAGACCUACAUCAAGAACACGCACGCGUCCACCCACUCCAACUACACGCUGGAGCUGGAGCAGGUGUUCUGCGUCAGCCGAAAGGGCGAGGCCACGCGCUACAAGCCGUUCAGCAAGCUGCACAACAGAAAGCUGCUCUGGCACGGCUCGCGUCUCUCCAACUUUGCCGGCAUCCUGUCUCAGGGUCUGCGGAUCGCACCGCCCGAGGCGCCGGCCACGGGCUACAUGUUCGGAAAGGGCAUCUACUUUGCCGACAUGGUGUCCAAAUCGGCCAACUACUGUUUCGCGUCUCACACCAACCCGCGGGGUCUGCUCCUGCUCUGCGAGGUGGCGCUGGGAAACAUGUACGAGAAGAAACAUUCCGAGUACAUCACCAAGCUGCCGACCGGAAAACACUCGACCAAGGGUCUGGGCAAGACGCACCCGGACCCGAAGGAGUCUCACCUGCUCGAGACGAAGGUGGAGAUUCCGCUGGGAAAGCCGACCAAGUCGACGGCCUCGGACACUUCGCUGCUCUACAACGAGUACAUCGUGUACGAUGUGGCGCAGGCGCACAUUCAGUACCUGCUGCAGGUCAACUUCAACUUCAGACGCUGAGGCGACCACCCGUGAGCUCCCUGGCAGGUCGGACACGGCCGCUGGAGGCUGACCGUGGUAGGAGGGAACGGGGAGAGAGGCUGUGUUGUGGGGCUCCUUGCGGGAGGGACCGGGGUCGCUGCCAAGCUACGGGUGAAAGCUGGAUUGUCUUUGAGCUGGGAAACAUUAAAAUGGUCAUGCUUUUCUGAGAGGAAUUUUGGGGGAGGAAUGAGUACCAUGAACGUUCCAGCGGCUUUGCAGUUCAGAGGGAUUGGCCGUUGCGCUGAGUGAGGGCUGCAGAGGAGAGAAUUAGGUCAAAGGAGUGACGAAGAAGUGCCGUUGGGGAGACAGACGAGGAAAUGAGGUGUAAACAAAAGACAAAGCAGUCCCCUCAGAGCGGCGAGGGGUGAGAAUUUGGCGCUUUUCGGAAGUUUAUCGCAUGGAUCGGCACUAUUACGUGCCGCUGACAUUGCUCCAGUAGUUAAUCCUCGCUUUUGGCUGAAAAUCAACCGCUUCCUUGGAUUUUAGAAUACAGACUGUGCUACUUAAUGUUAAUCAAGCAGUGUGUAAUGAAAUGACUAUGCUUAACAAUGGGUAAUCUCUCGUCCUAGAUAUUCCUUUUCACCAAAAUGAGCCCCAACAAUCAAUGUGCAAUUAUUUGUGCCUUCACUCCCUAUUCCUUUCCUCCCUGGGGUGCGCUUUGUUCUUGCCUGUGACUGAUGGCCUACGCAACAUUACCAGUGUGGAAUUUCACAAAUGUGUUGGACUGGUAAGUCCGAGUCGUGAGCGGAAGUGAACUUCUCACAUGUGCUGUGGUUCACUUGCAAUGUUUGCAAUGUGUUGUUACUGCGUUGACUGGCCGCGAGGCCUGGGCGGCCGGAACGAUCAGUAUGUCGGCAGUGCCCACCCAGUGAUGGCGAUAACGUUCCUGGCUGAGACGGUCUCAUUUUCGGCUGCGGCGCAGUUAAGUGUUGGCGCACGGAGUUCAAUGUGUUGGGAAGAAGCUUUUGGUGUAUGUUUUUGGCAUCACGCUUGUCGGCCCAUCCCCACCUUUCAGUCGCCCUUUUUCGAGUUCGUGUAGGGCACCAUGCUUGUAGAGUGAUGAAUAUACGUUUUCAUAAAUAAA